UGUUCUUUUGUGGACAUUCUAGACUUUCUCCAACCACUCCUCUCCCAACCUUAUGAUGUUAAAAUAUUUAUGUUUGUAAGCUGUAGUGUGUGUGCGCGCGUGUGCUGCUUCUUGUUCAUUUAAUGAUUAACAAUUGAAAGAAAAAUACUUUGAACAAAUACAUUUAAGUCGCCGGUGGGGAUAUGUUAUAGGAUUCUUAUUGUUUUGCAGACCAUGAAACCCUCCCUCACACUUCUCCAGAAGAUGUUAGCCAAGAUUGAAGCUAGUUAUCCUUUUUAAGUCUCUUGAGACACUUAUGAAGCUUCUUGUCCUGAAAUUGCAUUAUUGCGAUGAAGAAAAGGAGAAAGGUUACUGCAAAUUUUGACGAGAAGAUCCAUCUGGGCCAUCAUAAAGAUUCAUCUGAUGGAAACAGUGCAGUGGAUAGUGACCAAGUGACAUUUAGUCAUUCUACAGAAGGAUCUACUCCUGAAGAUCUUCAGUGUUAUCAGCAACUUCCUCCAUCACCAGAUCAAAGAAAGCUUCUGAGUUCUUUGCAGUAUAAUAAGAAUUUAUUGAAAUAUUUAAAUGAUGAUAGACAGAAACAACCAUCUUUCUGUGAUUUACUUAUAAUUGUAGAAGGGAAGGAAUUUAGUGCACACAAAGUUGUUGUUGCUGUUGGCAGUAGUUAUUUUCAUGCUUGUUUGAGCAAAAAUCCAAGCACAGAUGUUGUCACUCUGGAUCAUGUAACUCAUUCUGUUUUUCAGCAUUUGCUUGAAUUUCUCUACACAUCAGAAUUUUUUGUCUAUAAGAAUGAGAUACCUCUAGUUUUAGAGGCUGCAAAAUUUCUGGACAUUAUAGAUGCAGUUAAAUUGCUAAAUAAUGAAAAUAUUUCUAAUUUUCCUUCUGAAAUAACUGAAAAGGCAUCACCAGCAGAAACUCUAAGUGAAUUGGCUGGCAGGUUGUCAACCAGUCAUCAGUGCAAAUUCUGCAGUAGAAAUUUUUGUUAUAAGAAGUCUUUAGAGAAUCAUUUGACCAAAACUCACAGGUCCCUAGUAAUAGGGAAAAAACAUGGGUUAAAAAUGCUGGAAAGAGGUUUUUCAGCAAGACGAUCAACUAGGAAUAGAAAGUGUCCUGUAAAAUUUGAUGAGGACAGUGAUAAUGAAAAUGAAAGUGGUGAAAUAUCAGACAAUUUUGAUAAAGACAAUUUGGAUAAGGUCACUUUUGAUACAGAAAAGUCUGAUAAAAAUGAUUCUGAGGAUGCUGGAAGUGAGUACAAUGCAGAUGCAGAAGCACAGGAGGAGGAAAUGUCAGAUGAAUACUCUGAAGGGGAAGAACAAAGUGACAAAGAACAUAAUGAUGCAGAAGAAGAGCCUGAAACUGCUGAUUCCGUAGGAAAUAUUCAUGAAGGGUUAACUCCAGUGGUCAUUCAAAACAGUAACAAAAAAAUAUUGCAGUGUCCUAAGUGUGAUAAAACAUUUGACCGAAUAGGAAAGUAUGAAAGUCACACCCGUGUUCACACAGGUGAGAAGCCCUUUGAAUGUGAUAUUUGUCAUCAGCGGUAUUCAACAAAAUCUAACCUAACUGUUCACCGAAAGAAGCACAGCAAUGAAACAGAAUUCCAUAAAAAGGAACAUAAAUGUCCUUAUUGUAAUAAACUUCAUGCAAGUAAGAAGACUCUAGCUAAACAUGUUAAAAGAUUUCAUCCAGAGAAUGCACAAGAAUUUAUUUCCAUCAAGAAGACUAAGAGUGAAAGUUGGAAAUGUGAUAUUUGUAAGAAGUCAUUUACUCGAAGACCACACUUGGAGGAACAUAUGAUUCUUCAUUCUCAAGACAAACCUUUUAAGUGCACCUAUUGUGAAGAACAUUUCAAGUCACGAUUUGCACGGUUAAAACACCAAGAAAAGUUUCACCUGGGUCCAUUUCCAUGUGAUAUCUGUGGUCGCCAAUUCAAUGACACUGGAAAUUUGAAACGACAUAUAGAAUGUACUCAUGGUGGAAAGAGAAAAUGGACUUGUUUUAUAUGUGGAAAAUCAGUAAGAGAAAGAACUACUUUAAAAGAACAUCUGAGGAUUCAUAGUGGAGAAAAACCCCAUUUGUGUAGUAUUUGUGGGCAGAGUUUUCGCCAUGGGAGCUCAUACAGACUUCACUUGCGAGUCCAUCAUGAUGAUAAGAGAUAUGAAUGUGAUGAAUGUGGAAAAACGUUUAUUCGUCAUGACCAUCUUACAAAACACAAAAAAAUACAUUCAGGUGAAAAAGCUCACCAGUGUGAAGAAUGUGGAAAAUGUUUUGGCCGCAGGGAUCAUCUCACUGUUCAUUAUAAAAGUGUUCAUCUUGGUGAGAAAGUGUGGCAAAAAUAUAAAGCAACAUUUCACCAGUGUGAUGUUUGUAAGAAAAUUUUUAAAGGCAAAUCGAGUCUGGAAAUGCAUUUUAGGACACAUUCAGGUGAAAAGCCUUACAAAUGUCAGAUUUGCAAUCAGUCUUUUAGAAUUAAGAAAACUUUAACAAAACACAUGGUUAUUCAUUCUGAUGCUCGACCCUUCAACUGUCAGCAUUGUAAUGCCACAUUUAAGCGGAAGGACAAGCUGAAGUACCAUAUUGACCAUGUGCAUGGAAUAAAAUCUCCAGAUGAACCACUAACUACUUCUGAGGAGAAACUUGUAUCCUUACCAAUAGAGUAUGCUCCUGAUGGGAAAGGUUACCAAACAGAAACUAAACAAUAUAUGGACCAGCCGAAAUAUCAAUCAGAAUCCAAAACAAUAUUACCAAAUGUUCCUAAUGAAGUCUGUGUUCCAGUAACAUUGGUUCCAGUCCAGAUGCCAGAAACUCAGAAUGAUAUGGUGCACCAUACCACUGCACUUCCACCUCCCUCUCAGGGCAUCCUUUCUACACAGACACAACCGACCGAUUAUCCACGAGCAACAGAUUUGGCAUUUCUGGAAAAAUAUACUCUUACGCCUCAGCCUACAAAUAUAGUUCAUCCAGUUCGACCAGAACAAAUGCUUGAUCCUAGAGAUCAGUCUUAUCUUGGAACAUUACUAGGUCUUGAUAACACUACAACUGUACAAAAUAUUGCUAAUAAUGAGAGGCACUCAUGAUGAGACCUAAACAUUCCACAAUAUUUUAAUGGCUAAAUGCUAAUUGCAAGCAGUAGCUGAUAGCUAUUAAAUUAAUAGGGCUACUAUGGUUUGCAUUUUCUCUGACCUCCAAGAUUCUGUGUAUAGUUUAAGAUCAAAGAAAACAUUAUGUGGACAUAUUUUGAUGCAUAAUAUUUAAAGUGUAUAUCUUAUAAUUUUAAAAUAUUUUAGAUUUAAUUUUUAAUAGUUUCUUAGCUAUAGUUUUUUAGAGAUUACAUAUAGGAAUUUUUAGAUAUAUUUUUGUCCUCAUUGGUUCUUUUUCAUCUCAUUCUUCCUUCCUUUUCUCUUCAUUUUUCUUCUUCAGCCGCCAAGUUAAAAACUUUUUUUUUUUUCCAUUUUAACAAGCCUUUAAAGGAACUAUAAAUGAAUGUACUGAUAGCUAUCAGCUUUUUUUUUUUUUUUGUCCCAGCCUGAAAUUCAUAUGACCUUGUUCCAAAUGCAUGCAUUUUCUUAUUAGAAUCAUGCAUCUAAGUUUAUUUUAAAAAAUACUUAAAAACUUGUUUUAGUUUUCAUAUUCAGCAAGUAUUUCUCAUUGAACUUUUUGACAGUCUAAAAGUAAAAAAGAGUAGACUAAUACUAUAGGGUCAGGCAGUAAAUAAUAUGUGGAGAUAUAAACAUGAUACCUCAGUUAUCCAAGAUUAAAAAAAUAUAAAAGAAGGGUAACAUUCUAUAUCUAGAGUUUUUCUUUGAGGCUUAAAUUUAUUGUUUAGAUUUUUACCGUUGAAUGCCUUAUUUGUUAAAAUUAGCUUCUGGCUUAUGUCUUCAUUUCCCCAAAGGGUUGGAUAAUGAAAUUUCUUUAAUUAGGAGUAGCCAAGAUACCUUUGGAGAAACACUGUGCUAUAAUAGAAAGAACAUUGGAUGCGCAGUUAGAGCCUGAAUUAAUUUUUGACUUUGCUUACUUAGUUAAGUUAUUAGCCUUCAGUUUCUUGAUCUGAAAAUUGGGGUGAGUAUAUUGGGGUGAGGGUGCGGGAACAGAGUAAGUAUUAGGAUUAGCUAGAUGAUCUCUAAGGUCUCUUCCAUAUUGAACAUUAUGAUUCUGUGAUUCUAUUUAUCUUGGAUAAUUGAGGCUCCAAAAAACUAAAGUAGUGAACCUAGAUUUUUUCAUAUGUAACCAAAAAGAAAAAAAACUUAAGACAAAUUCUAAAAUUUGUGGUCAAGUCUACUGAAUGUUACUUUCCCCUUAUUAAAGGCAAACAGAAAUAUCAUUUAUACAUCAUAAUUUAUAUUUUUCUAAAAAUCACCAGAUUUCAAUUUUGAUUCCUUUAUGCUUAGUAUCCAUUACUGUCUUUUUUAUCAUUGGGAAAUAAGGAGGGAAGAAAAUCAGUUGCAGUAGAAAUUAUGCUUAAAAUGGUUUAUUAUUUCAAAAUAAUUGAUGGGGAUCCCCUAGGGCCAAGUAAGUUGGUAAAGCUUGAAUUAUAAUAGAGUGUUUUAAAAAUAAUACAGUGCUAUUACUUUCAAAUAGGUAUAGAAACGAGUUAAAAAAUGUUGCCUAGUAAAUCUCACUGGAGAAAAUUCUUUAAUGAAUAAGUAAAAUGUAUCUAAGUGUGGUAGGCAUGAGUAGGUUGCAUCAGUUAUCAAUGAAGAAUUUGGGAAAAAAUGGCAUAAUGGAAAUAGAUGAACAGAAAAAGGAUGAUGAAUUAAUCAUAUAGUGGCAGGUGAUAUGGGCCAUCAGCUGGAGAUUGAGAGAUGUUAUAAUUGGUAAAGCAUUUUAUAUAAAUGUAAGUAAAAUAUCGGAGGCUAUUUUUAAAAAUUUCAAUAGUUUAAAGUUUUUUUCUCUCCAUUAUUGUAGUAAUGACUUGGUAGCAAAUUACCAAAUUUAUCAUAGAAGGUCCAAGAAUAUUCUUUAAAGUACUAGAAAAACUUGAGGUAUUUUACCAGAGUGCUCAUAAAUAGAUGUGCCUACUUAAGAAAAUUCAGAAAAAAAAACAAGAGAGAAUUAAAGCAGAAAACUAAAAUACUGUUUAUAUGCCCCUCUCUUGCCUCUAGCCCCAAUUUUUCCUUCAGCAGGUUUGGUGAUAAUUACAUUAGACUAUUUUAAUUUAUCCUAUUUUUAAAAGCCUUUCUUCUGACUAUGGGAACAAAUUUGUAUUUGAGAAUUGGAUAGAGAUACUUUCAGUUUGAAAUUAAAUUAUAAAAUUCAUUCUUAAUUAUAAAAUAAGGGAUUUAGGGAGAUAGUCUAAAACAAUCUCUUCAAGCUUCAAUGAUAUGUGAUUUUGUGAUUUAAAUAGACUUCUUAAUAUUAAAACUUUGAUUCAUUAUAACAAAGAUAUAUUUGUUGAUUUUAACUAAAAUAUUAUUAUCGCAGAAACAAAUCACAUCUUUAGAUUUCUCCUUAAUUUAUAAGCAUUUGAAGUUUUAAAAAGAAGGUGAUUUUUUUUUUUUAAGAUUUUACAUUAUUAAGGACUUUUUUGCUUCCUUAAAAUUUUUGCAACUAGGUUUCUUUUAAUAACUUCCCCAAAUGCUUUAAAAAUAUUUGUUUUACAAUAAUUUUAUUUACAUGAAACUUGUUUUGUAAUGCAUGUGUGGUGCAAAUUGAAGUACAUACAUCUCUUUACAAUUUUGUGAAAAUAUCUUUCAUUUGUACAGUGCUUUACAAUUAAUAGGGUCAAAUUAUCUCAUUUAAUAAUCUCAAUACAUUAUCUUAUUUACUUCUCACAAAAGCCCUAUAAUAUAUCCAGGGCAGUUAUGUACACUCCUUCCUUUUAUUUUACUUAGGGUAAACAAAUUGGCAAAGAAAGGUAAACUCAUUGUCUCAAAGCCUCUGUCAAAUGACUGAAUGAGAACUAAUGUAAUCUGAUGCCUUUUCUGGUUGGUUCUCUUUCCACUGUACCAUGCAAAGAUGUUCAUUAUGUUAUUUGCUGCUUCAUGUACCCUAGAGUUUGAAGGAAUCCAAAAAUUACUGAAAGCCUUACAGAUUUGGGAAAAUGGAACAAACUUGUAUUUAAAAUCUUGUAGCCCAGAAGAAAUGCAAUGAAGUUGGCAUAUAAUGGCUGUUCUGUUUUAGAUAUUUAGAGGUUUUUUGGAGAGAUGCUACAUUAAAUAUAAUAUUACUAUAACCAUGACAACAUUUUUGAUUCCUGCAUCUGUUUAACUUCCUUCAGAAAUUUGUAUUACAGAAACACAGCCUAGCUUUUAAGUUCAUUCAUUCAUUCAUUCAUCCAUCUAAGAAAAAUGAGCACUUAAUUAGUAUUGUAAGUUGACUUUUAUCAUGUGGGGAAAAAUUUGUCAAUCUAGUUGAUUCUGACUUUAAAACACCAAAGAUCCUAGUAGAUAUUAAAUAGGAUGGAGAGAACUUAAAUUCUACAUUAUUUGAAUAAGGACUUGUCCAAAGAAGCACAGUUGAAGUCCUAGUUUACUGUUGUUGUGAGUUUUUUUUUUUUUUUUUUAAUGUUUGGUACCAGUAGUAAGGAUUAGCAUGAAGUAUAUUUGUGUGUGUGAGUGUGUAUGUGCUUUUUCUGUGAAAAAUAAGAGCAGAAGAUACUUGGGGGAUUAUACACAUACAUAUGCUAACAUACUCUACAAAGUAUAUCAGGUAAAAAUGAUUAGAGUUUAAUUCAAGUAAUUUAAAUAUCUCUUAAAUGGACACUAUCAAAUGCUAGUUUGCAAGUUUAUUUUUUGUAUUCCAGAUAAAAACAAUACUUUUUACUAUUUAAAAUCUCAAUUGAAGUUAUUUUCUGCUUUUUGAAUAGAAUAAAAUUAGGGCCUAAAUUUUUUAGGUUUUUUUUUUGACCAAUUUAGUAAGGAUAAUAACCAAUAAAAUUAAAGUUGUAAAUUUGGAAGUUACUGAGGUUAGUCCUGGGUUAAAUUGAAAUAGCAAAAAAAUAUAUAUAUAUAUAUAUAUUUUAGAAUAAGCUUAAGUGGUUUUUAAGAUUGGUGUUUUCUUCAUUGUUUUCUGUCUUAGUAGUACAGCUACCUCUGAGCCAGGAAGAUUGGGCCAAAAUCCUGCCACUGACACAUACUGACAUGUGACUUGGACAAAUCACUUAACCCCUUGUGUCCCAGGCAAUUUUUCAGGACUAUAAUUUGCAGAACACUUGUCAAUCUAUGUUGAAUAGAGGGAAUUUUCUCACUGUGAGAUCCUCAUAAUCUCCAUAAAAUAUUUUACCUGAAACAACAAGUCUAACCCAAAACAAAGAUGGAUAGAUCACAAACUUAGUACAUUAUAUUCCUUGUCAAUCUGGCAGAUUUGGACAAAGAUUCCUAUAAUGUGGCUGCUUAAUAGCAUUAUAAUAAGCUGGUUGUUUAUAAAUUGCUAGUAAAGGGCUAAGGAAUAAAUAAAUAGCUUUGGUUUUCACAGUAUUAUUACUAAAAACUACAAAAUUAUAUUGCUUAGUAUUUUCUAGUUAUAAACCUGUGCAUUUCUGCUACCAAAUUAUUGUACUUCAUUUUUAAUAGAAGUCAGAUUUCGUAUAUAAGCUCUUUGAUAGUGUCCUUUUAAAAACGAUUUUUUCUUGAUUAAUUGCUAUGUGCCUUUUUGUGUAUUAUAGUUGCUGAAUGUUCCUUUUGUUUGGUAGAUUGUAUUGGUGAAUAAGAACUAUUAUCAGUUGUCUAUCAGUAUUGUCAUGUUUUAGUGAAUUUUAUGUUUUAUCUUGUCUGCAGGUCAGGCAAGGAUUUUUGCAAUUUAUCUGAGGUUUCUGUAGGUAGAUGGGCACCAAGUGCUACCAUUAAAAUUCAUUUUUAUGAUUUCAACAUCAUAAUUUCCAUCUUCAUUAUUACCUUAUAGGUACCAUGAAUCUACCUAAGAGACAUCUUUCAAAGGUAGCAUUCUAAAUUUUUAAAGUCUUUUUUAAAGUUCAUCAGAUGGUCUGUUUAUCAUAAUUUAAUAGUUUAACUUAGCAACUACCCUACACACCAUCUUGAUCGAUCUGAAAUGGGAAAGGGAGUUAGAUUUUGAAAUGGUGUUUUUUUUAGGUGUAGCAAUAUCCCAUCAGUCAGACAACUUGAGUUGAUAAGCUCAGGAAAAAAUAGAAAUCUUUGUAAAUGCUAGCAACUGAAUUAUUUUGUGAUCAGUGCCAAAUUUAAAAUCUUUCUAAACAAUCUCUGUGUUUAUUCAGGAAAAGUAGCAUUUUUCAAAAAUAUAAACAUGCUUAAAUAAACUCUUUGUUACUUAGGUUGAAACAUGGAUAGUUUGUGGGAAUUGUGCAUGUAUAUUAAAGUACAGAAAUUCUUAUAUUCUUAUCUUUUUAGUACGUUAUUCAUUUGUGUCUUGACAUACAUAUUUUUCCUUAGCUUUUUCUUUUACUGUAAAAUAAUAAGUACAGUCUCUGCUUUUCCUCAUUCAGAAAUUUAAAAGCACUAGAAAAAGAGAAGAUUAUAGGAGUUGGGUAGUUCAGAUUUGGUAGAGAUAAAUAAUGAAUAGUGAUUUUUAAAGACUUCAGCUAAUACAAAUCCAAAAAUAACUUGAAAUCACACUCAAUAGACAUAGUAGUGGAUAUUGAUCUCUUCAUUUACUUAUGGAAAAAUAAAUUAUGGUUGCAUUCAGAGUCAAAAUGAAUCAUAAGCAAUUGUCAUAAGUUAAAAAAUUUGUUGAUUUUUUUUUUCUCCCUUAAAAUAACCCAUUUUCAGGUACAUAAAUCUUUUUUGGGAAGUAUGAUUAGAUUAAAAUGGAAUUUUGAGUAAUUUAAUUUGAAUAGAUUCUAGAACAUGUUUUUGAUGCAAGACACAUAUAUAUCUGAUUGUUUUUCUUCCUUGCCUUAUGUACCUGAUUGGUUAAAAUGACAGAAAGAAAUGCUCUGAUGUAGUCAUGAACCUAUUUUUAUUCUCCAGUAAUAGAAUCUUGUUGGGGGGUUUUUUAUGCUAUAGUACAAUAUGUUUAAGAACUGCCAAAAAGAAAGUAUAAAGAUAGACCUGAAUUUAAUGGCCCCAUCUCCAUGUUUUAUGAUGAAUGUUGUAGCAAAAGGGAUUUAUGAUUUCUAUAAGUUGAAAAUACUUGAUAAUUUCUGACUUAACUUGCAGGCCUCCAUUAUAAACUUUGUUAGAAAUUCAUUUAAAACUUUUUUUAAAAAAUAAAAAAGGCAAAGUCAAAUUAUAAGGCAUAUCUAAAGCUACUGUUUUGUCAACUAUGUAAACAUCUUGUGAAUUUUGUAGGUAUUUAGAUUGUCUUAUGUGUAUGUGUCUUUAGCAAAAACUAUUUGCCUUUCUCUGAAGAAUAGGAAGUGUACUGUAUAUUUAAAUCAAUCUUUUGUUUUACUUCGGAAUUUUAAAUAAAUUUGGGAUUUUUUUUUUAAUCCUAAUUAAGCCUUUCCCAAGUUUUUAUUGCAGUAUGAAUUAAUUUUUAUUAACAUAGAGAUGCAGUACAUUUACAUGACUUAAGAAAUUUAAUUUGCAAGACCAUGAAAAAUAGAAAUCAAGUAAAUUCUGUGAAAAUUAACACAUAAUUUGAAUUUUAUUUUAUAAAAAUUAUUCAAAAUAUUUGACUUUUUUGAUUGGCUAGUUCAUAAAUGAACAAACUAGUUUAAUUUUUCUCCACUAGGAAGUACUAGUCUUUGGAUGCUAAAAAUUAUAGGAAGCAGGAGUUUGGGGGUUAAAACUAUGGAUAGAUUUCACAUUGUGGAAGGUUGGAGGUAGGGAGAUGAACACUGAGUGGAAAGAACUCAAUAGAGUACAUUGUGGUGCAAAUGGAUUAUUUAGUAAAGAAUAAGUGAAGAGAAUGAAAAAAUUAGAUGCUUGGGCAGAUCUUUGCUGAGGUCUAAAAUUAGGAUAAUAUACUAAAUAUGUUGGAGGCCCUAGAAACCCCUAACACUGCUUCAGAGCUACCUUAUCAGAUUGGCUUCCAAAAUACUCCUAGUUGGGUAAGCCUGAUUAUUGUGGCUUUUUUUUUUUUUUUUUUUUUUUUUUUUUUACAAUUUUCUUAUUAUUUGAGGCCAAGACUCUAGAAUGCAGUUAGAAGAUGAAGGAGAAUGUACUCUAGGAUUCUCUUAGCAAGAGCUGGUCAUUUGAGGGAAUUAGGUGUUACCUUUGGAAUGAGAUAGGAGCUGUACAACAGCAAAUAUUCCCUGGUUAAUUGGAUCACUUUAAAAUCAUUUCAUUAAGUCCUACUUUUUCUAAGGCAUCUUGGGGCUUUUAUAAGGUUUAUUAUAAUUUGGCAAAUAUCUGUACUCUUGCCACCGCUGUAGUCUUUAGGUUGCUAAUUACUAAAUGAACCUGAGAAAAAUAAAAAGAUAUAUUUUUACUUCUAUUAUACAGAUCCAUCCAGAGUCCAGAAGUGUUUCUUUUUGGUUAUACUUUCUACCCUCAUAAUCACCCCCUUGACCUUUCAACCAGCAUCAGAUGUUGAAUGCUUUAGUUGAUGUUCAAAAAUUUGGGGUUUGCAUUUUUAACAAUGGGUAUUCUUUUCCUGCAACUUCCCUCCCCACUUUGUGUUAAAGCCUGCCAUCUAUUAUCUUAAAGCUUUAUAUGAAUCCCCUAGAUGAUUCAAUGGACCAAUUGCUGGGCCUGGUGUUGAGAAAACCUGAGUUUAAAUCUUACUAGCUCUAUAGCCCUGGGCAAGUCACUUAACUCUGUUUGCCUCAGUUUCCUCAUCUCUAAAAUGAGCUGGAGAAGAAAAUGGCAAACCUCAAAUCGGAUCACAUGAAAUGAUUGAACAACAAAAGUGACUACUGAAAAUACUGGUUAUCUUCUGGUCUCAAUAUAUUGGAUAGGUUACAGUAUGCUAUUAGAUCCAUAUUGUCUUCACUAUAAAACUGCCCUUGACACCAUUUUAUUUUUUUUUUUUUUUUGAGGCAAUUGGGAUUAAGUGACUUGCCCAGAAUCACAUAUCUAGGAAGUGUCUGAGGUCAAAUUUGAACUCAAGUCUUCUUAACUUAAGGACUUGUGCUCUAAACCCUGUGCCACCUAGCUGCCCUGAUACAACAUUUCAAAAAUUGCAUCUGAUAAUCUAUUACACCCACCAUGUCUCUUUUAUCAUUUCUUUUGGAUUAUUUGUAAUCUUGAUUCUUUAUAGAUAGAUCCUUCCAUGUUUAGAAUAUUGAUGUCAGAAAUAGGCCUUCACUCUAAUGAGUAGUUUGAAAUUAUUGAAAGCACCGAAAAGUGUCCCAAACAAACUUGUCCAAUUUACUCCUACCCUGCUCUGACCUGAGAUCUUCAGCACCUGCCUUUCAGGCCAUCAGUCCAGCCAGAUGAUAUAAUCUGGAUAAGAUGUUUUCAUAUACUUUUCCCCUGGAUGUGUGGUUAGAUCAUUAUCUAUCACUUACCAUGGAUUGCUUUGAGGAGGCAUUAUUAAUGUGUCCUAUAAAACAAGCUUGCACAUUCUGGGUUCUAAUGUGUUCAGCAAAAGUAUUGUUGGAACAGGAGAGUCAGUGUAGGUUUGUAAUUGGUAAUAGUUAUUUAUUGACUUUUGUUUUUGCUAAAAGCAUGAUCUAUGAUUUCUUUUAUUUUUUGGUAAUUUCUGAAAUUUUGAAGAUUAUUCCUAAAGUAUUUUUAAAAUGUAUCAUCACUUCUGUAUGUUUUUGGCCAAGUACAAUCAAAAUGGCAAUGUCAUUUUGAUUUUCUCAAUUACAUCUGGUGCUCACAUGUUUCACUUACAAUUCAGACAGACUUGGUGGUUCUUUUGUCCCAGAUGAAGAUCGUUGAUUAAAAGUAUCAGUGUAUCUAGAGAUUUUUGCAUUUGAUUGGUGUUCUUUUUAAGGUUUUAUUUGUUUUUAUUGUUUUUAGAAUGAUUGAUGCCAAAUGUACUAUGGCUCCUUCUUUAUUGACAUGAGUAUUUUGUGAGUUAAUUUGUUGCUUUGUGGUCUUCCAUUCACUUUUUCUAUAAUGUUUAAUAGAUAAAUUUCUCAAUCAUAGUUCUCUUUCUGGAUGCAGAUGACCCUGAGCUGCCAAAUCUUCUGUUGAGGAGAUUAUACAUGGCUGAAGUGGUUUAUGGGCUCCUUUGAUCUCUGUUUGAUAGCUAUUUUGCAUUGGGAAAAAUUGUGAUAGUUUUUCCUGUUGUCAUUUUCCCUGUUUCAUCAGCCUUUUUAAAUUUUUUUUUUUUUUAUUUUGGACCCUUUAUCUUUAUCCUUUUUUCCAAUUUGUUGUUUGAUUUAACCCAUCCUUUGUUCAGGUGAUGAUAAGACUGUACAAUUGAUCUAUACCAGUCUUUUUUUUUUCUUUCCCUGAAAAAACAUCAAAGGACUUUAGGGUUGGGAAAAAAGUGAGAAUCAAGUUCAAUUUACAACUGAAAAGAAUAUCCAUUAUGACCUACCUGACAAAUUAUCCAGUUUCUACCUGAAAACUUCCAGUUGCAGAACCCAGAACUUCAAGGCACCUUUUGAAUAGCUUAUUGUUAGGAAAAUUUUCCUGACUUCAAGCCUAAAUUUGACACUUUCACCUCUUGCUUCUCAUUUUGCUUUGUGGAUGAAACAGAAGGUUAAUCUCUCUUUCACGUAUCAGCCCUUCAGAUACUUAAAGAAACUUUUCAUGUACCCCUUAAGUCGUUUUGUCCAGGCUAAACACCCCUAGUUCUUGAGUUAAUCUUGAUAAAUUAUUGACUCAGUGCCCUUCACCAUGUGGUUUCCUGUCUUUGUAUACUACCUAGAUUAUUGACGUUCUCCUAAAACUGGCAUCCAGAUUUGAAUACAUUAAUAAAAGCAGAGUACACAGUAACUCUCAUUUUUUCCUGGAUCCUGUGCCUUUCAAUGCAAUUUAGGAUUUUUUUAAGCAUUUUUAAUUGUCUCCUUAUAUUAGUGACUCACUGAAUUUGUCCACUAAAACUUCUAGAACCUUUUUCACACAAACUGCUGAUUUAUGCUGCUUUCACCUUGUAGUACUGUUGAAAAAAAAAAAAGUCCAAAUGUAAUAAUUUAUAAUUAGUAGCAUUGAAUUUUCAUCUUAGACUCAAUUCAGUGCAACAGCAUCUACCAGGAUCUUUUUAAAUCUUUUCAUUGAUCAUUGUGUUAACUGUCCCAUCCAGCUUUGUGUCAUUUAAUCUGAAUAAAGGUGCCAUUUAUUCCUUUAUUCCUUGAUACCAAUAUUAAAUACAAGGCCAGAGGUGUCUGGGACACUUCACCUAAGUGGAGACCUAACUGUCUAUUAACAAAUACUUGAAUUCAGCCACCAGAUCACUUGUGAAUUCUUCUCAUUUUCUUUUCCUUCCUUUCCUCCCUCUUUCCCUCCCAAUCUUAACCACAUCUCUUUUUUCUAAAAGACUAGUAUGCAGUACUUUAUCAAGUGAUUUAUUAAAAGCUUUGGUAAAUUGUCUACAGCAUUUUCAUGAUCUGAUAGGUUAGAAAAAUGUUCCCCCAAAAGGAAAUAAUUUAGCAUAACAUGAUCUAUUCUUUUUAAAUUUUUUAAAUAAUAUUUAGUUUUAAAGUGCAAUUCUUUUAAACAUUUCUGUAUUCAUCAUGUUGGAUAGAAAAAUCAGAUCAAAUGGGGGGGGGGGAGACACGAGAAAAAAACAACAAAAGGUGAAAAUACUAUUCUUUGAGCCACAUUCAGUCUCCAUGGUUCUCUCUUUCCAUGUGGAUGGCACUUUCCAUCACAAGCAUAACCUGUUCUUUGUGAAGUUAUGUUGGCAAUUAUUGUUUCUGGGUCUAGUCACCAACCAUCUCUUUCAUAAUACAUUCUAGAAUUUUCCCCAGGAGUCUUGAGCUGAACUUACUAUUCAACAGCAUGUUGAUUGUUCCCCUCCCUCCCCCCUUAUUAAAAACUUAACAAUAGUUGCUUUUCUUUAGUGUAUAGCCCCUUUUCAAUUUUCUACAGUCUUUCAAAUACCAUAAAUACCAGCUAAAUAAUUGCAUUUGCCAGUUCUUAGAAGAUCUAAGGAUAUAGUUUAUCUGAGCCAGGUGUUAAUAGGUUCAUCAAGGGCAUCUUUAUUUAUCUUGGACAUCAAUUUUUUUUUAAUUAUAGCUUUUUAUUUAGAAGUUAUAUAUGCAUGGUUAAUUUUAUAGCAUUGGCAAUUGCCAAACCUUUGGUUUGGACAUCAAAUGUUAAAGUAACAUUAUAAAAAUUAAAUUUACUUUGGCAUUUCCACAAUAGCCUAUCUCUGAAGAAAGACACAAGACAACUGAGUAGUCUUCAAGCCUUUGGCAUCUUUAUCCUGAGUCAUAAUUUCCAAUGCAGUUUUCAAUAUUUCCCCUUAUACAUAGUUUCACUUUGAGAUGAGAAAGUAUCAAAGUAGAACUUUACAUAUUUUGGAAUAUCUUGUCAGAGUCAUCGAAUUUCUCUUAACUGCUGGCUGCAAUGAAUAUUGGUACAUAAAUUACAUUUAUUUCAUGGUAGUUUGAUUUUGUUUUUGCUACUUCUGAGCCUUACAAAGUGAAAUAAUCAAGUAUCCCAUGGAAUAAUGUUUCUUGUUGACUUGGGAUACAUAGUAUAUUAACUCUAUAAUUUGUUUUUAUUAGUACUUGAGUUAUUCUGCUUUAAAUUAAGCUUAUGUCUUCUCUGUAGUUUUAUUUAUAAUGAGAAUAUCAAUAUCAUUAUAGUUCACUUUCUGCAGUAGUGUUAGCUCACAGAAUCUCAGUUGGAAGGAAACUUAGAAGCAAUCCAAUCCAAGUUGGACCCAAAGAAUUUCUUCUGCAACAUAGUCACCCAGCCUUUGUUUGGAGAUCUAUUGUAUCCCCCAGAUCAUUAAUCUGUGUAUUCAUUUUAACUCAGCAAUAUCACUACUAGGCCUUUACCCCCAAAGAAAUCAAGUAAAAAGGAAAAGUAUCUUUUUUAUAUAGUAACUCUUUGUUGUAAAAAUCAAUUGAGAAGGUGGGGUUCCUCAACUGUGGAAUAAACAAACUGUGAUAAGUGAAUGUAUUGGAAGGUUGUUGUGCUAUAUAUAAGGAAAGAUGAAAGAGACAGUUUCAAAAAAAAAAAAAAAAAACCUGGAAAGAAUGGGAAGACUGGUAUGAACCAAUCUGUAAUAAAUUUUGAGUAGACCAAGGAAAACAAUUUAUAUAAAACCAACUUUGGAACAAAAAACAAUUUUGGAAGACUCUGAUAAAUGCAAUGACUUAAAUAUAACUUUGCAGGACUUAUAAUGAAGCAAGUCCUCAUUUCUUGAUAGAAAAGUGGUGGGCUCAAGGUACAAAAUGAGAUGAAGAUUUUUGGAUGUGGCACGUGUAUGGAUUUGUAUGAUUACUUACAAGUAUUUUUUUCCUUUUCUUUUUCUCUAGUAGAAGGAACAUUUGGGGAAAGAAAAAGGCGGACAGUAAUAUUGCAAAAGAAAGAAAAAGAAGAAAAUAUUGAAAUAUUUAGAAUACACAAAAAAGAAUAGAAAUUCAAAAGGAGACAAAGACAAACAGGACAGCUUGGAAAGUAGCAUGUAUUGAAUGUGUUAUAUACUUUAAAAAAGCAAACUUUGCCAUAAAGGUUUGCUGUUUCAUGUCAAUCAUUUUUGUUCUACUUUGUAUAUGGAAAUGUGCUUUUUUUGGGUGUUUAAGUGCAAAAUAAAAAAAAAAGUUUAAAAGA